GGAGAUGCCUGUGCUGUGGACAUUGAUGGAGAUGAUAUUUUAAAUGAAUUGGAUAACUGCCCAUAUGUGUACAACACAGACCAGACUGACACUGAUAAGGAUGGAGUGGGUGAUCAGUGUGACAACUGUCCUUUAAUGCACAAUCCUGACCAGACCGAUGUGGAUAAUGAUCUUGUGGGAGAUCAGUGUGAUAACAAUGAAGAUAUUGAUGAAGAUGGCUAUCAAAACAAUUUGGACAAUUGCCCCUACAUACCUAAUGCAAACCAAGCCGAUCAUGACAAAGACGGCAGAGGAGAUGUUUGUGAUUCAGAUGAUGACAAUGAUGGUGUCCCUGAUGAUAGAGACAACUGUCGGCUUGUGUUUAACCCAGACCAGAAAGAUUCCAAUGGUGAUGGCAGAGGUGAUGCGUGCAAAGACGAUUUUGAUAAUGACAGCAUUCCUGAUAUCUAUGAUGUCUGUCCGGAAAACAGUGGCAUAAGUGAGACCGACUUUAGGAAAUUCCAGAUGGUUCCAUUAGAUCCAAAGGGAACAGCACAAAUUGAUCCCAACUGGGUGAUUCGACAUCAAGGAAAAGAGCUGGUUCAGACUGCCAAUUCAGAUCCUGGCAUAGCUGUGGGCUUUGAUGAGUUCAGCGCAGUCGACUUUAGUGGAACAUUCUAUGUAAACACAGACCGUGAUGAUGAUUAUGCUGGCUUUGUAUUUGGUUAUCAAUCCAGCAGUAGAUUCUAUGUGCUAAUGUGGAAGCAAGUCACUCAAACAUAUUGGGAAGAUAAGCCAUCUAGGGCCUAUGGUUACUCUGGUGUCUCUCUAAAAGUUGUCAACUCAACGACAGGGACUGGAGAACAUUUGAGGAAUGCUUUGUGGCACACUGGAAAUACACCUGGAGAGGUUCGAACAUUGUGGCAUGACCCCAAGAACAUUGGGUGGAAAGAUUACACUGCUUACAGGUGGCAUCUGACUCAUAGACCAAAGACUGGCUACAUUAGAGUUGUUGUGUAUGAAGGAAAACAAAUCAUGGCAGACUCUGGGCCACUAUAUGACAAAACAUACGCA